AUGAGCGAGCCUGUUAAUAGGUACAGCAUCGUACAUGAACCCUGGAUGGACAAGUUUAAACCACCUCCAACCUCAAUGAAAGCAUAUCCAAAGCACACGUUUAAAGGACACGAGAGGGUGAUUCAAGAGUUCGUCUUCUUGCACGACAACGUUCACAUUGUGAGCGGCUCUUGGGACGGCACGAUGCGGAAGUGGAACUGCAACACAGGACAUCUGGUCGGAGCACCAUGGAAGGGCAAGGGUGGAAAGAUAUAUGCACUGGCACUUUCACCUGAUGGGAAGAUGAUUGCGUGCGGGAGGGAAGACGGAAGCGUGCAGCGGUGGAAUACUGACGGUGAGAUGAUCGCAGGCGUUUGGACAGGUCACAGCAACGCGGUCCGGUCGCUUUCGUGGUCUCCUAGCGGGGAUCAUCUCGCAAGCGGAUCGAAAGAUGGAACAAUUCUAAUUCGAAAAGCAGAAAGUGGCCAAGUCGAGGUGGGCCCGAUCGAGACGGAGCAAAUCGAUGUGUGUGCUCUUGCAUAUUCACCCUCUGGAAACAGAAUUGCAUCGGGCGGAGAAAGCGAUACAAUUUGUAUUUGGAACACGAAGACCGGAAAGCUUGUUGUGGGCCCCAUCGAAGACCUGGGUAACACUGUGACGUCCAAAUCAGGCAAACUACUCCAUUCCUUCGAGCAUAACUAUAUUUUGAGUUUCGUCGCACUUUCACCCAAACACAAUAUUCUGGCGUGCGUGGGCGAUCAUGGUAUUGCCAAACUAUGGGACACAGAAUCCCUCCGGCCACUUGCACAGUUAAGCCGGGACCCUGAAUGGCUUUACCAUGUGUCAUUCUCUCCAGAUGGGCACCAUCUAGCAUAUGCCGGAUACAACAAAAAACUCACUCUCUGGUCUGUCAAAGUCACGGAUCCUCAGCUUGUAGCAUCCAUACUCCCUCAACAAAGUGACAGACACAGCAUACAACAGGAAACCCGGCCCAACUCCCCAUCAUUGGCAUCUUGCCUCGAAGCUGAAACUCGGCCCAACUCCCCAUCAUCAUCAGACCUUGACGUCAGUACCUUUAAGUUUGACCGCCUGUCUUCCUUGCUCACAAUGCUGUGGCAGGCUGAUGCUACUGGGGGCGAUGGCAUCAUCGAGGGGAAUGAUAAUCCAUAUGACAACUUCUUUCAGUCUUCGCGUCAAUCUCUUCCACCAGCAACACCAGGCUCCCAUCUCCCCCACCUGUUUUCAGCUCGCCGCUUCUUCAAGGUCUUCUCUCGCCCUCACCCACCGGCAGACGAGUCUGUUCAAAAGGAACGCUCGAAGCGCAAGUUCUUCGCUCGUCGUGCUCGUUCAAACUCAUCUGUGGAGCUCGCGGCUAUGUCAGGCAAUCCACCAGUACAAGAAGGCAAAGUGGGAGAAGGCAAAGGUGAGCAAGGUGACAAUGAUCGUGGUUCCGCGAAUGAUCCGCCCAGCGCCAGAAAGGAUGAAGGCGAUCAGCGAGACGAGGCUCCCACGGACGCGCAGAGCCCACCAUCUCAUGAUCCCACUCACCCCGACGACCUCGGUAGCAAAGACAAUCGAAACCUCUGGAAAAGGAUGAUGCGUGGUCGGGGAAAAGUCCUCUCCGACACCAACAUUGCUCCAGCGAUGAAACAUCCCAAGGUCGUUGAGGUAUCUGCUGUGCGCGGGUUCCAGAGAUAUAUCGCAAUGAAGCGGGUACGCAAGACACAGCCAUCGGCGGUGACGGGUAGUAUUCCUCACUUAGGUGCCAGCUCGUCACAGCCGGGAUCAUCUUCGCAAGUAGUCUCUGUACAGGCAGGGCCAUCAUCGUACGUUGUGGUCGGCAACGGAGCUCAAUCUUCGCAAGCUACUGGAGGUACAUCAUUACACCCAUCCCCAUCGCACGCCGUAGCCGUCAAUCCAGUUCAAUCUUUUCAAGCCAUUGGAGGUCCAUCACCGGACAUGUCCCCAUCGCACUUCGUGACCAACCACCACACCAAUCACGACUCAGAUUCACACACGACCAUUGAAGGUUCCUUCAACAGGUUUCUAGUAUGGAUGUGUUAUCCCUGUGGACGCUACAACAAGGAUUAUUAGUGUUGUGUGGGUUUUCUUGCUGUGCGUAGUACUAAGUUGUAUCCUUCCUCCGUUUUGAAAAUUUGUUUUUCGCGUUGUCUAUCAGACUCAUUCUACCACACCGGUGAUCAUAUUAUUUUCUCUCGCAUGUAGGUGAUUUCGUAACCACAUUUUGUCCCAUGGGUAUCGGUUCAGCUAUCCUCAGCAUUACAUGUACACGUGUUCUACUACGGGAACACUCGAUGGGCGGUUCUGCUCAAUACAUUAACCUCCAGAAGCACAAAGUGGUUGUU